UUCGCGAAAUUUCAAUCUCCUUAGGCAAAUUACGUUUCUUUCUCUUCUUGCUGCUCUAACGAGACAGAUGGGUAACUGCAUGCUCUUUUAGAGAGAGAGAGAGAGAGAGAGAGAGAGAAGAUGAGGAGGGAUCGAGCUAUCAAGCCAAGACAGAGAUACAAAUUUAUGGAUGUAUAAACAGAGAGGUUUGGAUUGGGAUUUCGAGUAUGAGGGUUUUAGAGUAAAAAGAGAAAAAAAUGUUGGGUUUAAAUUAGGGUUUCGAGAAAUUAAUAGUCUAGAGUGUCCUAUACUGAAUGGUCUUUAUAUCUACUCCCUUAUUUUUGGAUUGUGUUGAAAUUUGGUAUACCUUCAUGUGAGUGAAGCUGUUGUUGGGCGGGGAGUUAGGGUUUCAAUGGGCAGCACUGGAGAACCUGAUCGAAAACGGCGUCACUUCAGCUCCAUAUCACCCAUGGCUGCUAUGGCUAAGAAGCAGCCAUUCUCACAAUCCUCCGAGGACAAGAAGCUUGAUACUGCUGUUCUCCAAUUUCAAAAUCAAAAGCUUGUACAGAAGUUAGAAGCUCAAAAGGUCGAGUAUUCUGCUUUAGUGAACAAGUUCUCACAAUUAAAGGAGAAACAACAGCCUAACAAUUCCAUAUUGAAAUCUGUCCAUAAGUCUUGGGAACUGCUAGUUACUGACUUGGAAGCAUGCUCCACCUGCACAAGAGAGUCUAGCAUUGGGCAAGAUAUUGGACGCUUAUCAAUUACUGAGGAUGGGGUUUCUUCUUCUUUUGAGGAAGCUUUUCUUAGCCGACUUGUAGAAACUGGUGCAACUGAAACUUCCUCUGCAAAUGAUUGCCUCAACUCGACGGAAGAACAUAAAGAAAAUGCUUCUGAAAAAAUUAAGAACAUUCUAUGUAAUAUAGUGGCUGCCAUCAAUGACAUUUGGCAGCGAAAGGAUGGAUUGCAUGCAACUGUCUUGAAUAAGAUUUCAGAGGAUGGUGCAGACAGGCAAAAGGAAUCUUGUGGGUUGGUGGCAGAGGUUAAAAACUUGAGAUUAGCACUAAGUGACCUUCAUCUCAAGCACAAAUCACAUGCAAGAGAAUUGCAGAGUUGUAGAGACAUUAAUGCAAAAAAUAAAGCUGAGCUUAAGCGGUUAAAAGGGGAAUUGGAGAGUGCUGUUUCGGAAUUAGAAGAGAGUAAUUUGAAAAUGGCAACUCUUAAAGCAGAAAGAGAUGCAACAAAAGGGACUUUUUUCCCUGUACUAAACCUUGGAAGUAAGCCUGUUCCUGGUGAUAGGGCUAGAGAUAAACAAAAGAAUCUGCAAGAAAUGGAGUCAGCUCUCAAAGAGCUUCAAGAUGAAGCUUCUUCUCGACUACUGAAAUUGAAAGGUCUUCAUGAUGAAAGGAUAACAAUAUUGCAACAAUUAUCAAAUUUGCAGGACUCAUUGAAGAAUGUGAAGUGUAUUUCUUCUUCACAAGCCUACCGUUUGUUGAGAGAUCAAUUAGAAAAGUCAAAAUCAGAAGUUUUCCAGUAUCAGGCCUUAUAUGAGAAACUACAGGUUGAGAGGGAUAACCUGUCAUUGAGGGAGAACGAAUUGAACGUGAAAAAUGAUUUAGUUGAUCUUUUUCGAAGAUCUUCUGCAGUUGUGGAUUCUAGAAUUGCAGAUUUAGGGAUAGAGAUACAGAGACAGAUCAAUGAGAGACAUGUGAUUGAGACUAAGCUGGAAGAGGCAUCAGGAGAACUUGGAAGAAAAGAAAUCAUUGCUGAAUUCAAAGCCUUGGUUUCCUCGUUUCCUGAAGCAAUGGGAAAUAUGCAACGUCAAUUGAGUACUUACAAAGAGGCUACUUCUGAUAUUCAUUCUUUGAGGGCUGAUGUACAGUCUCUUUCUACUGUUCUUGAUAGGAAGGUAAAAGAGUGUGAAAAUUUGUCAACGAGAUCCAAAAACCAAGUUGCUGAGAUACAAAAGUUGCAAUCUGUGGUCCAAGAUCUGAAGGAAAGUGAUCUGGAGUUGAAACUGAUUCUGGAAAUGUAUAGAUUUGAAUCCACUGAUUCUAGGGAUGUCAUGGAAGCCAAGGAUCUUGAAUACAAGGCAUGGGCUCAAGUUCAAAGUUUGAAAUCCUUUCUUGAUGAGCAAAAUUUAGAAUUACGAGUGAAGACAGCUAAUGAAGCUGAGGCCAUAUCCCAGCAGAGGCUCGCCACGACAGAAGCUGACAUUGCUGAUCUGAGACAGAGAUUGGAAGCUUCCAAAAGGGAUAUUUCUAGACUUUCUGAUGUUCUGAAAUCCAAAAAUGAGGAAAAUGAGGCCUACUUAUCUGAAAUAGAGAUAAUUGGACAAGCAUAUGAUGACAUGCAAACUCAAAACCAGCAUCUGUUGCAGCAAAUCACAGAAAGGGAUGACUAUAAUAUUAAGCUUGUUUUGGAAGGUGUGAGGGCAAGACAGCUGCGGAAUUCUCUACACAUGGACAAACGAACCAUGGAAAGGGAGAUUCAACAAGCAAAUAUUUCUCUUGAUUUCUAUAAUGUGAAAGCGGCAAGAAUUGAAGAUCAGUUAAAAAUUUGUUUUGACCAGGUUCAUAAACUUAAAGAAGAGAAGUUUCAAAACUCAAGUACAUUGGAAAAUACCCAAAAGCGAUUGGUAGAUGUGAGAAAAUCAUCUAAUCAAGCAAGAGAGUCACUGGAGGACUCACAAUCCAAGGUUGGAAGAAGUCGAGCAGCCCUUUUGGAACUGCAGAUAGAACUAGAGAGAGAGAGGUUUGAUAAGAGAAGAAUAGAAGAGGAAUUGGAAGUAGCAAGGAGAAAGGUUUCACGUCUUCGAGCGCAGACUGAGGGAUCAUCAAUUGUAGAAAAACUUCAGCAGGAACUUAAAGAAUACAGGGAAAUUGUGAAGUGCAGUAUCUGCCUUGAAAGACCUAAAGAGGUUGUCAUUACAAAAUGCUACCACUUGUUCUGCAAUCCAUGUGUGCAAAGAAUUAUGGGAAGCCGUCACCGGAAGUGUCCAGCGUGUGCCACAAGUUUUGGGCCUAAUGACGUGAAGCCUGUUUAUAUCUGAGAUAGAAAAUGGCUGAUGUGGAUAAGUUGUCCUGGGCUGCUUGUUUAUGAGACUCAGUUCUCAAAUUUGGGCUCGCUCUUGCCUGUGUGCCUUGAUCAAAGGCAUGAGCUAUGGAUCCCACAGGUUCAUGUUUAUUGUCAUGUUAGAAAAUUGUUGAGCGAAGAACGAUGACAAGAUACAGUGCUGCUCCUGUCUAAUUGUCAAUCCUUUGAAUUCAUCUUAGAUUGAGUCUAGGUUGUGAUUUUGCCUAGUUUCUUGAUUUCAUUGUGUUUACGAUUCUUGUUUUUUGGUUCAACUGCUUAGAGCCACUGGAAUCUUUCAAUCUAUUAUUUGCAGAUGUUCAGAAUCGAUGAAAUGCUAUUUACCCAAGGCAUUGGAGGUUGUGCAACCCAUAAGAAUGGCAAGUGAUGUUCUAAGCUUCUAUAAUGGCAUCUUGGCUCACUGCGUUGGGUAUUUGAUGCCAGUUUUUCUCCAUCCAUAGACAGCGUUAACCAAAUUUUUGGCUGUACAGGUUUUUAGUAAAUACAUUGGAUUUUUUAGAAACAUGUCUUCCUGGUUUACAAACUAGUGGUAUUUAUAAUAAUAGUUUGUGUAAGAUGUUCUUAGCAUUACUUCAGAUUUUAUGUACAAGCCUUUCAAAUUUUAGAGCGAUUUAUUUAAUUAUUUUUUGCAAUAA